AUGGCCACUAUCAUCGCUCUUCGGCAGACCGGCCGGAACAACGGCAUCACAAAACGCGUCCUCAACAUGGGUUGUUGCAAACAACUCACGAUAUUUGGGGACACUUUCUCUAUGGCGUUGACAGAGCCCCAGCGUUUAUCAAGCAGAAACAACAGACAACAAUCCAAAAAUACAACGGUCAAGCCCACGCCAGCUAUGCGCCGCUGUAUCAGGAAUAAUGUGAUGGACCCAUGGACGUACAGAGACGUCCAUGCUCUGCUUUACUCUGGUUUCAGAGUCGGAUGGAUCAAGGGACCAACCAGCACACACGAGUGA